ACUUUGGCCUCGGGGUGGCAGGCGCCACUGCAGCCGCUGUGCAGGGCGCAGGCAGGCCUCGUGGUCCCAGGCGCGCGGCUGGGUCCCCAACGGGCCCAUCCUCCAUUCGUACUUCACCACCGGCGUCAGGCCGCUCCCUCCUGCCGCCGCCCUAUGCAGCGAUCCCCGGCUGGAGGAAGGACGCAGGAGGGCCCCCGGAGGAUGGCACCGGAGAGGUGAGGCCGCCGCACCCCGGCACCCCGCUUGACUGUAGUCUGGUUUUGGGAUGCAGAUGCCAGCUUGGAACCUUGGUACCCAACUCAGCCUAGGAGCAGCAUUCUUUAAAUGGUACAGCUCGAGGCUGGGCCCGUCUCCAUCACCCUCCUCAGGCUUCCACGGAGGGUUCUCGAUGAACUUGGUCCCCUUCUGCCAGCAACCUCGGGGCAGGAGACAUGGCUUUCCUCAGGUGGGGACUGGGAAGACAGAACGUCCACCGGUCGAGCAGGGUACUCCUGCUGAAAGUCACAGUCGUCGUCAUCUCUGUGCUUCUGCUUUGUGAAUAUUUCAUCUAUUACCUCGUCAUCUUUCGGUGCCGUUGGCCAGAGGUGAAGAGGCUAGCCCAUGGCAAUAGCCAGGAGCCUGUACUGAAAGCCAUGUUUCUGGCUGACACUCACUUGCUUGGGGAGAUAAGAGGCCACUGGCUGGACAAAUUACGGAGGGAGUGGCAAAUGGAGAGAGCCUUUCAGACAGCUCUGUGGUUGCUGCAGCCAGAAAUCGUCUUCAUUUUGGGGGACAUCUUUGAUGAAGGGAAGUGGAGCACUCCCCAGGCCUGGGCGGAUGAUGUCCAGCGAUUUCAGAAGAUGUUCAGGCACGGCAGCCACGUGCAGCUGAAGGUGGUCAUCGGCAAUCAUGACAUUGGCUUCCACUAUCAGAUGAGUAAAUACAGAAUAAAACGAUUUGAAGACGUGUUCAGCUCAGAAAGGCUCUUCUCUUGGAAAGGAGUUAAUUUUGUGAUGGUCAACAGCGUCGCCAUGGAAGGGGAUGGUUGUAGCAUCUGCUCUGAAGCGGAAGCUGAACUCAGAGAGCUUUCUCGUAAACUGAAUUGCUCCCGAGAGCAGGUGCAAGGAUCCAGCCUGUGUGAAGGUGAGCAGCGGCUCCCCUUUUCUGCCCCCGUGUUGCUGCAGCACUACCCACUCUACCGGGCCAGUGAUGCUAACUGUUCUGGUGAAGAUGCCGCUCCUCCAGAGGAAAAGAAUGUCCCCUUUAAGGAGAAAUAUGAUGUUCUUUCUCAAGAGGCCUCACAAAAGCUGCUGUGGUGGCUCCAGCCUCGCCUGGUUCUGAGUGGCCACACGCACAGUGCCUGCGAGGUGCUCCACCCGGGAGGAGUGCUCGAGGUGAGCGUCCCAUCCUUCAGUUGGAGAAACAGAAACAACCCCAGCUUCAUCAUGGGAAGUCUGACAUCCAGAGACUAUGCUCUCUCCAAGUGCUACCUCCCGUUUGAGGACAGGGUGCUGACCACCUAUGGUGCAGCAGUAAGCUUCCUUGUGCUCCUUGUCUUAGCUCACUUUGAACGCUUGCCCUCCUCUCUUCUGUCUGCUUGGAAACUGUGCAGAGUGCACACGAGAAGCUGAUGAAGCCGGUGAUUGUUGCACCUGGUAAUAUAAAUCAACACCAAAGGCAUAGGGCUUCUGGUGGGGCGCAUGGGAGCCACGGAGGUGAGCGAAUAUUGAUUGUCCUUGCGCACAUCCUGGGAAUUCCAAAUCAUCCAUGCCAGUGGCUGCAGAAUAAACAGCUGCCUGUCCUGUUCUCAUGCUACAAAAAUGGGACAUGUACUCUACAAGUUUGCCUCUUUUGUUUUAUCAAAUAUAUGUAUAAUCAAAGGUUGCAUCUGUACAGUAUAUAAAUGUUAUGGACACUGUCACUUGCAUGCACCACACACAGCCCUGGCUUCCCCAGAAAGGACUCAGCAGUCUUGGUGCACACUGGAGGCUACGUGUGCACCUAAAAGUUGGAUUUUCUCCGUCCCUCUCUGCAGUAGCUCUCGAUUUCUUAUAGAUCAUGAAGUUGUAUGCUCAAAAGUACAGAUUCAAUGUACAGGAACUUGUUUGUUACAGGCUCUUGAUUCUGUGCUGAUGGAAUCAGAUUUUUAGUUAAGUGUAAUUUUCUCUUUAGGAGACUGUUGUCACAUCUGAAUUCAAUGCCUGUCGAUGA